AUGAAUCCCGUCAACACCGAGGCUUACCAGCUGCCCGAUGACGCCGUCUGGUUGAUCACCGGGUGUUCCUCGGGCAUCGGCCGAGAAAUCGCCAGUCUAGUUGCCAGCAAGCCGAACCAGCGCCUUAUUGCCACGGCGCGCAACCCGUCCAGUCUCUCGUAUCUUCCCGAAACCAGCAACGUUCUCAGACUCGCGUUGGAUGUCACAUCCCCGACAUCUGUGAACGAUGCAUUUGACGCGGCUGCUAAGCAUUUCGGAAAGGACUUUCGCCUCGACGUCGUUGUGAACAAUGCCGGCUAUUCCUUGUCUGGCGACACGGAAUCCGCAACGGAAGAGGAGAGUCAUCAGGAGAUCGAGACCUUAUUUUUUGGAACGGCGCGUGUGACCAUGCGCAGUGUCGCGGUCAUGCGUCAAGCCAAAAACCCCGAGACUGGCAGCUUCCGCGGCGGCUUGAUCUUCAACAUCUCCUCGUUGGCGGGUCUAUGCGCCUUCCCCGGCCAUGCCUACUACCACGCAGGCAAAUUUGCCGUCGAGGGUUGGACCGAGUCGGUGGCCAGAGAAAUGCACCCCGACUGGAAGAUCAACUUCUGCAUUGUGGAGCCCAGCGGCGUCAAAACCAACUUCGAAGGGCACAGCAAGGCGAACACGAAACCCCAUCCCGAAUACACCGACGACAUGCCUGCGCGGAAACUGGCCGUGUGGGUGAGCAAGGGUAUCCAGGCCGGCAUGGGUCUCGAACCGUCGGCCGUGGCGGAGACCUUGUUUCGGGUCGCCAGUCGGGGCGAGCGCGUGCCCCUACGCCUUCCCCUGGGCGCGACCUGCUGGAAAAUGGCCAAGUCCAAGUACGAGAGCUCCUUGGCAGAGCUUGAGGCAAUCAAGGGGAUUAGCGGGAUGGGCGAGGAGCUUUGA